CAUAAAAUGGCUAUCACCAAAAAGAAUCUAGUCGCAUUUGUUCUCACCAUCCUGCUUUUUAUAUCUUCUGUUCAUUGUGGUGCAACAACAUCUGAUCAUGUUUCUGGUUUUGGAAUAAAAAAAGAGGAUGAUCAUGUAUGCUUCAACGUAAGUCCAUGUUUGCCUGAACAAGGAGGAGAAAAAGGCUGCAAUGCGUUUUGCACGAGGAUGAACUUUAAAGCAGGCCAUUGUUAUCAUUCCGAACUAUGUUGCUGUUACAGCAGCUGAUAAACAAAUAUGCCAUGCCUCCCUGUCCCUGGCUGAAA